CUCACCGGCACCGGGAAUUCAUCAACAAUUCGAUCCCCUGGAUUAAGGUCUCCGACCAAAAAGCAUGUAUAUGAUAGAUACAUUCCUGUACGGGAGGGAGGUCUUUCAGAGCUAUAUGAUCUUUUGCCAGAAACGCACUCGACUACAUCUCGAUUAAAAUCACGAAAGACAUCGAUGACUCCAACACAAGCUACGCAGGCUACAGACCAUUAUAAGAAAGCUCAAAACCAAGCUCAUGACACAGUCAUCGCAAACGAACUACAGCUUACCAAUACACAUAAUCAUUCUGACCAGCAGUUGGCUAGAGAGUCGCAAUAUUCUACUUAGCCCAAAGAAAGCCCCACGAACGAUCAGCCAGGUACCCUUUAAAAUCCUUGAUGCGCCAGAACUCAAGGAUGAUUUCUACUUGAAUCUAGUAGACUGGUCAUCACAAAAUGUAUUAGGUGUUGGUUUAGGGAACUGCGUCUAUCUUUGGAGCGCAUUGACAAGCAGGGUCACCCAGCUCUGUAGUCUUGGUGAGAAUGAUAGUGUUACUUCCAUCAAUUGGAUUUCAAUGGGAUCACAUCUUGCUGUUGGUACAGACAAGGGAUAUGUGCAGAUUUGGGAUGUAGGAGCUCGACGGAAAGUCAGGACCUUAACUGGACAUACUCAAAGAGUUGGCGUACUGGCAUGGAAAGAUCAUAUUUUGACAUCAGGAAGUCGCGAUCGAAAGAUCUACCACCGUGAUGUGCGAGCUCAAGAGAUGUGGAUCCAUCAAUUGGCCAGCCACACUGGGGAGGUUUGUGGAUUGAAGUGGAACAGUAGUGGAUCUCAACUUGCUAGUGGCGGCAACGAUAAUAAACUAAUGGUCUGGGAGAAGGAUUCAACUGUGCCUCUUUACAAGUUCCGAGACCACACUGCAGCCGUUAAGGCAAUUGAUUGGAACCCACAUCAGUCUGGCGUCUUAGCCAGCGGAGGAGGAACUGUAGAUCGUCAUAUUCGCUUUUGGAACACUGCCACAGGAGUUUGCCUUGGAGCUACAGAUACAGGAUCGCAGGUUUGCAAUCUUGCAUGGUCUAAAACAUCAAAUGAGCUUGUUUCAACUCACGGAUAUUCCCAAAACCAGGUCGUUGUAUGGAAAUACCCUGCAAUGCAUCAGAUCGUUGCUCUUUCUGGGCAUUCUAUGCGAGUUCUUUACUUGGCUCUUUCGCCUGAUGGUCAAACCGUUGUCACCGGUGCGGGCGAUGAAACGCUACGGUUCUGGAAUGUUUUUCAAAAGAGCAAGUCGGAACGACGAGACGAUGAAGGGCUCUCUGGCGUGAUCACCACUAUACGCUGAAAAACACGAUCUCUCCAUUU